AUGGAGGAUCAGGUACAGCAGAUGCAGAUGAUGUCUCUAUGUAGCUCAUCACAGGAGAAAGAGGCAAGUUCAAAGGACCUACUUACUCUGCAAUCCUUCACAAACCUGACUAGUUCAGAUGAGUAUGAUACAGAUCUGGAACAUGAGGAGAAUCCUCGCUCUGUUGAGAUCUGGGCAGAACUGUACUUGCGGGCGUGCCAGCAAAUGGGCACUGUGCCUGUCUCAUAUUUUAUUAAUCAUAUGAAAGAAGCAUGCAUGGAUCUGAGCCACUAUGGUCUGGGGCCACAGGGAACUCGUGCUAUUUCUGUACCGUUGUUGUCUAAUACCUACAUCACUCAUCUGGAUCUAGAGGACAACUGGAUUCAGCCAGAGGGGAUCAAUGACCUGGCAGGGACGCUGAAGGAAAACUGCUACAUACAGGAACUGAACCUUUCCAACAACCACCUUGGCGUGCACGGUUCUGAGGUAAUCUCCAGGAUGUUGCUGGAUAACAUUUCCCUGCAGAGCAUAAAAUUGGCAAAAAAUGAGUUUGAUGAUGAAUCUGCAAAGCAUUUUGCUGAAGCUUUGUCUGCCAAUUUUCGGGUGACAGAACUGGAUCUGAGUCACAAUGAGUUCUGUGAGAAAGGAGGAGAGCAUCUCGGACAGUUAUUGGCUGCUAACGAGGGUCUUCAAGUGCUGGAUUUGAGUUGGAAUCACAUCCGUCUGAAGGGAGCCAUUGCUCUGAGUGCCGGUUUGCGGGUAAAUGGGAUGCUGAAGGUCCUGAACCUGUCACACAACGGCUUUGCAAAUGAAGGGGCACUGGCAUUGGGUGAGGCACUGAGAGCCAAUAGCUCCCUUCUCCACCUGGAUGUUAGCUGCAACCGUAUCAGCAAUGAGGGAAUGAGACUGCUCUGCAAAGGACUGGAGUGCAACGAUACCCUACAGGUGCUCAAGCUGUCCAGGAACCCACUGUCAGUCGAGGGUGCGAUAAUUCUUCUGAAUGCCAUAAGUAAGAGGCCUGAAGUCAUGCUUGAAGAGGUGGACAUAUCUAACGUGUUGGUGAAUGAGCGGUUUCUUAGCCUCCUUGAGACUGCGUCUGUGAAACGCCCAAAGCUACGUGUGUUGUAUGCUGGAGAAAGUGAUUUUACUUCCAGAAAACCAGUAGGACGUCCUGAUCCUAUGAGUGUUAUACAGAAACACUUGGAUGAAAACAAACUGCGGCUACUAGAUUUCUUUAGACACAUGGACAAGGAGGGUACUAUGAGGAUCCCAGUUAACGAAUUCCGAAAAUAUAUUUUGCAGGUGGGCAUCCCACUUGAUGGGAAACAGAUUGAUGCACUAGUGGAGAGACUUGACAAGGAGCAAACAGGCAGUGUGGACUACAGAGACCUUGUGGACACACGAAAAGAAAUGAUGAAAGAGAAGCGGAAGGAACAGCGCCGGAGGGAAAGACGAGAACGUCAAGAAAGACAGAGGAGCCAACGAACACUAAGAUCAUUCCACAGAGCUGUGAGGGCCCUCACACCUCCUCCUCCAUCCAGGGGUGCUUUAGGUCACAAUUCCAACCACCAACCUAAAACAUCAAGAGCAGCCAUAACCUGCCACUCUAGUCCCCCUACUCAGCUUGCUAAAUAUACAGAGGUCCAUGACCUAAAAACACGUCCUGCAACAUCUAAAAUAUUCAUAGGGCACAGAACCAGCCCCACUGCUACAUCCUUAGGGAUGAUGGACCACAGUACUGUCACUGGAACUCCCCACAGUUCAUGGUAUGAAAAAGGAGAACUUAGAACUAAUGGCAGUUCAACCUUCAGCUGGAGUGGGGUCACAGAUGGAGGAAAGACCCCAUUGAAGCCGCAAUCUGAGAAUUAUUACCAUUCACAAGGAAGUCUGGAGUCUGAGUGGGCUUCUGAGCCUCUUACUUCUCAGAAGGGAAGCCCCUCCUACAACACUGUGUGACCAAAAUAGGGUUCCUAGCUGUUCUCCACAAAAAUACUAACCCGCCAGUGAAAGAGAUAGGUGGGGUAGUGAUAAGACCUCAGAUCAAACCCAUGACCCUGCUGCUCCUAUCAGUCAAAUGCCCAAAUCUUACUACAGAUCAGACCUAUGACCCUUAAAGGGACACUCAGGUCAAAUCAGAUAGAGCAGCAAUUUAAAAAAAAACUUUCCAAUUUACUUCCAUUAACAAAAUGUACACAGUAUUUUUAUUUUUAAUUUUUUUGAGUCACCAGUUCCUACUGAGCAUGUGCAAAAAUUCACAGUAUAUAUGUGUAUGCAUUUGUGAUUGGCUGAUGGCUGUCACAUGGUACAGGGGGAGUGGAAAUAGACAAAACUUUAAAAUUUGUCAGAAAAAAAAUCUACUUCUUAUUUGAAGUUUAGACUAAAGGGCCGAUUUAACAAAUGUUGGACGGACAUGAUCCGCUAUAGCAUAUCAUGUCCACCCGACAUCACUAAAUGCCAUUUAACAUUGCACAAGCAUUUCUAGUGAAAUGCUUGUGCAAUGCCUCCCCCUGCACAUUCGCGGCCAAUCUAGUGGUCGCUAGCAGGGGUUGUCAAUCCUUUGUCAGCCUCUGUCAGUUUUAUGCCAACAUCAUACAUCAUAUUCAAAGAAUCCCACCUAGGUUUUCAUUUUCUAUAUAGUUUACAUACUAUUGCAUUACACGUUAUCAGCGUGCGAUAAACUUAGCAGGUGAUAUGCACAAAACAAGCCUUUUUGACAUGUUUGUCUCUAACCAUUGCUAUUGUAUAGUCAGUUGGUAUUGGGGUGGUAAAAAAAAUCUACAUCUGUAAUAGACCUAUAUAUGGUAUCUCAUACUCACAUUUUCGUGAUUGUAACUUACAGUACUUUCAUCUUUUUAAACAGUAUUUCUAUCGGCAAUCGCACCGUAGUCAUCUGAAUAUAAAGGGACAGUCUACGCCAACUUUCAUAUAACUGCAUGUAAUAGACACUACUAUAAAGAAGAAUAUGCACAGAUACUGAUAUACAAAUCUAGUAUAAAACCUUUUAUAAACUUACUUAGAAGCUCCCAGUUUAGCACUGUUGAUGAGGUUAGGCUGGGACACCCAGUGAAAGGGGCUGGGAAAACAGAAAUAUCAGACACUCCCCCCCUUCCCUGCAUAUGAAAAGACAGACUCAACA